AUGUCUUUCUAUCUUCUAUUUGUAAUACUGCUGUACUUCAUGAUUAAUGGAAUAUUACUGGAGGUUAAUGGAGUGUCUUGUACUGAAGGAUUUAUGGAUUAUAGUCUUCUACAGGGUAAAGCAGUUAUUCCACACGGAAAUUUACGCAAUAACAUAUUAUCUAACUAUGAGAACCGUCUGGAUGUAGCAACGAGACGGAUUAUCAUCGACGACGACAUAAAAUUCACGUGUGAUACAGUUAUAACAGAAAUAUUGAUUGGAGUUGAUAUAAGGACAGUUGAUGGUAUUAGAAAUCUAUAUCCAAGAUUUGAAGUAUGGGCUCCAACUAAUGAUGAUGAUGUGUACACUAGACUAAUAGGGAUGUCUGUUGAAAUCAGACUGACUCCUGAUAACUUUACAACUAAUGGACAGUAUCGUUUCACUCCCCCUACUCCAUUAAGUGUCUCCAGUGGAUACAGGAUUGGUGUAUAUCAACCUCCUGAUGACAGAAGUGUUGUUAGAUUUCAUUAUAUUGACCUACCUGGUAUGGAUGAUAAAGAUAGAACAGGAAAAGUACAAACAAAUCUCAUUAACAACAGUGACAUUAGAAUAAAGAGUGGUUCCAUGAUGAAACCACCACGACAGGUUGACCAUGAAGAUGUCACUAUACUAAUACAUCCAAUAGUACAGAAUACAGGUUGCUUUCCACAAUUUGUACCUGAUGUACCUGAAAGCCUAAUCAAUUCAUUAAGUUAUUCUAUUACUGAUUCAUAUUAUGUUGAUGAUACUAGAAUAUUUCCUGAUAUAAGGUUCACAUGUCAUGGUAUUAUUACUAACUGGAUAGUUUAUGUUCCUGAUCAAGUUAUGCCAGUAAUUAAAAUAAGACAUUCAAAUAAUCUCACUACUACAGCAGCAACAUUGAACACUAGUGCUAGUAAUGCUGUUAGCAUAACUUCUCUUUUAUAUAAUUUUACUAUGAGCAAUGAGAUAACAGUACAACCUGGUGAUAUGCUGAUGAUUGAAAGUGAUAAUACAAAUCAGAUGUUCUAUCAAAAAUACAAUGGACCACACAAUUACAGACUGGCGGACAACAAUGAGUUAAUUGCAUUAGAUACCAAUGACUAUCCACUCAUCUUAGUUGUAGUAGAACCCACAUCAGUAGCUACCACUGGUACAUCUUCUAAUUACAUUACAACAUCAACCACAUCCUCAAUAGCUACAUCAGAUACCACUUCACUGCCAUCAGUUAUGAAGCCUCCAUCUAGUAGUAGUAUGACAAGAUACUCUACUACUACUACAGUAUCUGCUGUUCCUACUAUUACUACUGCUGCUGUUCCUACUGAUUCCAUUCCUACUGCAUCUAUUAGUAUUACUUCCUCACUAAGCACUACAAUGACUUCAACACCAGGACAAGGCAAUGCAGGAAAUGGUGCAUCUAUAAUACUAAUAGCAGCUAUCAGUGCAGUCAUUGUACUACUG